UCAGGAAAAGCGGUGCCUUCCCCUUCAUGCUGUGUGUCUGCCUGCCUCCCACAAUCCAGAACGCCCCAGCUUGCCUUCUCAAGCUUGGCCAGGGCCAGGAGGCACCCAGCCUGGCACCAAGGCUUUGCUGAGGGGGUGCCACUCGCCGUGCCAGCUGCAAACUGCAACUGGAUCUAUUUUUCCCCUUCCUUCUGCUCCUGACGGGCUCUCUCUGGAAGUGCCCAGAAGAGACAAGCCUAAGUUGACUUCCCCACUGAAAGUAGAACAACUGCAUGUGACGGAUAUUGAUGGUGUUUCAGAACUCCAGAACUGGGAUGCUCCAGUCCCUGAACGGUGUGUCGUAUGGUGAGCAGCAUCUCCAUAGGCAUGGGAAACAUUUCUCUCCUUCCCCAGCAGGAAGGCCUGGUCUUACCUCUCCACCACCUCACUCUAGAGCUGGAGUACCUGAGGCAAAUUUGGGUCUCAGCCUGGAUGACUUCAUCCCCUCACACCUCCAGAAAAACUCAUCUUUUGCCAACAGCACAAACCCAAUAUCUCCUCAGUCUAUAUCUACUCCACAGACUGUGAGGACCCCGUCACACUGCAGAGUAGCUGUGAUUCGGAACUGCGGUUCAAAUACCCUGAAUUUUGAGUUCCAUGACAAAACACCCCACACUGUGCACAAUGGAAUAUCCCAGCCACAGAAAACAAGCCAAUGGAACUCAGCAUAUAAUUGGUACCCAACCUGGCCUGCCAAAGAAAUUAGACUGCAGAAAUCUCAAGCUGCACCUAUUCCAUGCCCAGCUAAUUCAGCCACUAACCCAGCUGCGAAUGGCAUGGCACUGCCAGGCUGGUCGGCCACCUGGACGAAAGAUGCCAGGAGGAAAGAAAAACGCUGGGUGAAGUAUGAUGGGAUUGGGCCGGUGGAUGAGUCCGGGAUGCCCAUUGCCUCACGAUCGAGUGUGGACAGCCCCCGGGACUGGUAUCGGAGCAUGUUCCAGCAGAUCCACAGCAAGCUACCUGAACCAGAACUGGACUGGGACUUCUCCUACAAAUCCAGAGAUCUGAAGCCUCCGGGGUUCAUGAAAAAGACGAGGCAGUCACCUGUUGCGGCAUCCAGCAAUUCCUCUUGUCACCAGAAUGGCUUGGACUGGAGAAGUUGGGAAGCAACGGAUGCUACAGCCAUGGAGCCCAGGAGCAUUUUCGACUAUGAACCUGGGAAAUCGUCCAUCCUCGAUUAUCCCAACUCGCCCGAGAAGCCCCUUGCAGCGUCACCAGCGCAACGCCAGCUGCCCUCCCCACCAAUUGAGGAGUUAUUGGAGAAGGAGCUACAGCAGCUCAGCGAAGAAUUGGACAAGGACAUUAGAGCCAUUGAGAUACGUCAACUUGUGCGUAAGUGCUCCUCCUCGGCGGCCCCCUCCUCCUCGUCCGCCAGCCCCUCUUCUCCGGCCUUCGCUGCCCGUGGCAGCCCUCUGCUGGGCCACAGUGCCUAUCCUUCCACGGGACAAAGCCUUCCUGUAGCCCAGUGCCACGUACCAACCAGCCCUAGAAUGGAGAAAGGCAGCCCAGGCAUUGCCAGGAACAACUGGAGCAGCUCUCCACCCAGGAAUGAUCCUCUGAGGCUUGCUGGGCAAAGCCCCUUUCUGGAUUCUACAGAAAUCGUCCUCGAUAGUCCCCCAAAAAGAGACGAGAAGAAGAUGAAAGCUGCUCGCCUCAAAUUCGACUUCCAGGCAGAGUCACCAAAGGAACUGACCUUGCAGAAGGGUGACAUUGUCUACAUCCACAAGGAAGUAGACAGAAACUGGCUGGAAGGAGAACACCAUGGCAGGGUGGGCAUUUUCCCUGCCAAUUAUGUGGAGGUCCUGCCUCCGACAGAAAUCCCCAAGCCCAUCAAGUCCCCCGCCAUCCAGGUCCUGGAGUAUGGAGAGGCUGUGGCUCAGUACAACUUCAAAGGGGAUCUGCCGGUGGAGCUGUCAUUUCGAAAGGGUGAACGCAUUUGCCUGGUCCGCAGAGUAGAUGGAAAUUGGUACGAAGGCCGCAUCUCUGGCACCAACCGCCAGGGCAUUUUCCCAGCCAACUAUGUGCAGGUGGUGAAGGAGCCCAGAGUGAAGAACUCGGAGGAGUUUCCUUCCUCUCCAGGCCGCCGAGCCUGUUCCAGCUCACCAUCCCAGCCGCAUUCGCCCAGCCUGUGCAGCAGGUGGCAGUCUGAGACCUCGCCUUCGAGCCUGCAGAGCUCCCUGGCGGGAGACGUGCUGUCCUCCUCUUCGAGCCACUCUGGAUUCACUUUCCCGGUGUCCCCAAAGUUAGAACAUGCCGACGCCGCGCCCCGCAGACCCCAGAGCACGCCGAGAACGAGCUCAUUCAGUCCCCAGAACCAGAGCCCAGUCAAAACAGCCAGCAGCAACCUGCAGCCUGCCUCCUCCUUGCAGAUGCAGGAGCUUCCACGACCUGCCGCCCCUGGCUUGUUUUCACAGCCGAGAGCUAUCUUCCCACUGCAGAGCUCAGCCCUUGAGACAGCAGCUCCUCGAGCUCCCCAAGCACGUGGCACCGGGCACGCCUCCGAAGCGCCCCCACCCAACUUCCAGUGGACCCCGUACCAGGCUCUUUAUCAGUACAGACCUCAGAAUGAGGAUGAGCUGGAGCUUCAUGAAGGGGACCGAGUGGACGUGAUGCAACAAUGCGAUGAUGGCUGGUUUGUGGGCAUCUCCAGAAGAACUCAAAAAUUUGGCACUUUCCCUGGGAAUUACGUUACCCCUGUGUGACUGCCAUUCAACCAACCCCUUGCGUGCCAAGUGGAAACUGAAUCAGAAUCUGCUGCUCUUGUAUCCAGCUUCCUUGGAGCGAUGCCCCCCGAUCUAUCAAGAAGGAGUAGAAAGAGGAGGUGAUGUGAGAACCAGCCUUGAGCCCAAGCUGUGUUCACGAAGGUCUUUCGUUUUAUCUCUGUUCCUUGGCCACUGUCUUCCAGUUUUGUGUCUUGGCUUCCUUGUAUUGGGGCGGUUGUGGUCUUACUCCUUUUCCCAGUAUUUAUGAAACAUCACUCUUUCCAGGCUUUCACAUAACAAGCAAGAGGCUGGGCCUGAGCAGACAUCUCCCGGGCCCUUGCCUGCUGCCCCAGCUCAGUUUCCGCUUCACGAGCAAAUUUGGGGUUUCAUCCCUUUUGCCAGCUCUCAGAGCAGCAGCAGCAGAAGGCGGAGAUGGACUUGCAAUCUGAUGGCUGUCCUGCAUCAAACCUCCCCUCCAGAAAAAUCCAGCUUCCUUGAAUGUACCAAACCCGGCAUCGAUGGCUGGAGACUCGGCGUGCAACCAACAUCCCAGCGCAAUGGAUGAGCCGGCCAGGCUACCUGAGCACAUGCACCCCUCUCUUUGCCCCGUGGGAGUUGCUGGCCCCUGCUAAUAGGAGGCUGUGCCAUUAGCUGAACGCAGCGGACUCUAGAAUGCACAUUUUUGUACCUUGCCUUGUACCUCUCAGAGGCUGAACUUUGGUCUAAAUAGCCCCCCUCCACCUAAACAGAUUGUUUAGAACUUUGAUCUACAUAACUUGCAGUCAUUCCCCUUUCAUGUUGGACCCUGCAGGUGGAUGCACUAUUUCCGUCUCUGUGUGUGUGCAAAACACAAGCAAGCUGUGAUUAGUUGAAUACCGAAGGCUACUUUGCCACGGGGGCACAAUGUGGGCAUUCCCCACAAGCAGGGGUGCUGGGGGUGGGUGGGAGAGCAUGGCCGUCUGAGGAAUCCCAGAAGGCAGGGUUUGGCUCGGGGCCUGAAGUCCUGCAUCCCUGCCCUAGGACGUCUGUAGCUACUUGAGGAUCAUCCUUCUGUCCAGUCUAAUGUUGAGCAAGGGCUAGAAAGGAUUAAAUAUUAUGGCCAAUCUUUGGGGUAGUAAGAAGUAUAUAAAUAAAGAGUAGGGGGUCAUUCCCCUUAUGGUUACUUACUUCCCUGUUAGUAGGCCUACAUGAGAAGCAAGGGGGGGGUGUUUCCCUGUUGUUGUUUUUGCAUAAGGUCAUUGUCCACAGCUCCUCUCCGAAGAUGCAGCUCGUUCCUGCUUCCAGGGACUGGUGCAGGCUCCGCAGGACUUCCAUCCUGUCCUAGGAAAUCUUGGCCUGUUUCUCUGUUGCCUUAUUACAGCCCUUCACCUCCUUGACCUUUCCAGUCCCGCAAUCGCCUUUCGCCUCCAAAGUCAGGACCAGGGGGAGUUUCCUUAGAGACGAAACCGUCUUGUAACCGCAGCAAGAGCUUUGUUCUCCAACGUGCAGCUGGUGAGGUGGAGGCACGAAGGAAGGGAGCGGGAGACUCUGCUGGGUCAGGAACACAGGAGACGUGUGCAGCCUCUUGCAUCGUUCUAACAGUGCUGCCCGCCAUCCUGCAGCUAGACAGCUCUGUCUUGGCACAGUCUCCGCUCUUGGAGAGGAAACGUGCAGGUUGAGACCAGCCCUCUCAGGGCCGAUUGCCUACCCUGUGUAAACAACAGGAGCUGCCCUUUGUUUUUGAAGAUACAGCACAGCGGCCUUUUGCAGGUUCAGGCUCGGCUUCCUACCUCAGUGGUUUUCAGACUUUCUACCUUCAGGGAACCUUUUCUUGGUGCUCCACCUCCACCCACCCCGGCAUCUGCCACAGAAACCUGCACAUGGCAAAGGAUUCUGCCGCCUGUUCCAGGGCUCCCAGUUCACACACAGCACCAGCUGGGCUUACUCAUGCUCCCUGCACAAAACCGAGAGCGAAGCCUGCACACACCCAACGCUUCCCAUGAGCCUCUGCCCAUUUGCAGGGUGAGAUGGGUAGGGGCAGAUGCACAAAAAGUUGUUUUGCCAUUGCUGAUCUCACUGCAGCUUACGAGGAACCCCAGGUUUCCCCUGAGUUUGAAAACACCUGAUCUUGCCCGUUGGAUCAAGUUUGGGGAUCUCCAGGCCUGAUAGGCGGAUGGAUUACGUCCCAAGCUAUGCAGCACCGUUCGGCUCAGGCGGCUUGUGCAAGGAGGGAGUUUGGUUUGUUAGCUGUGGGGAAAGAGGGCUGUUUAUGUUAUUGCCUUUAUACACCCUUGUCCUGCCAAUAAAAUCCCACUGAAUUAAA